AUAACCCACAUUCCAUUUUUUUCAAAUAAACUAAUUGCUAGAUACAUCUGUAUAGGUGUGUGUGAUUGGUACAACAAAUAUGAAAUAUUUGUUUUGUUUAUGCGGGGUGAUUCUGGCUUUUUGGAUAACGGAAAAUAGCGUUGCUCAAAAAGCUCGUCCAAUUAAGUGGGGUGCACCGUGGGGUAACUGGUCAAAAUGUUCAGUUACAUGCGGUGGUGGGACGAAAGAAAGGUCGAAAUAUUGUACAACACCUGGAGUGAUAGAAAGCAGAUGCGUCAGAACAAGAAGAAGACCUUGUAACAUAAAAAAAUGUCCAGACCCAGUUCCGCCACCAUCUGCCGACCCCCCUGUUUUGACAGAAACGACUGGACCUCCGAAGCCAAUGCCUGAAUAUAUUGAUACCUCGCCUGAACCAACAGCUAUUCCAGAACCAACUGGAACGCCUAUGCCGAUGCCAGAAUCAACAGACACGCCAAUUCCAUGGCCCGAAGGCGUUGAUGGAAGUGAUGUUGAUUAUACCUUGGCACCAUGGGGUGACUGGUCAGAUUGUAGUGCGAUGUGUGGUGGAGGCGUAAAAUACAGAACUAGGGAAUGUGAAAAACCAAAUGGAAGACCUGAGUGCGAAGAAGCAGAUGCAGAAGAAUGCAACAUAAUGCCUUGCGAUGAUGGAUCUGUCGGUGAACCAAUCCCAAUAAUGCCAACAGUCGAUCCCGAGACAUGGCCUGAGGGAGAUGGAAAACUCGACAUAAAGGAUGAAGGAGCAGAUCCAGAGGGCCAAGUAAAAAUACCAGGAGAUUAUGAUAUGGCAUCAUGGGGUCCAUGGUCUACCUGCAGUAUGAUUUGUGGCGGUGGCGUUCGAUACAGAACGCGUGAAUGUGAAAAACCAAAUGGAAGGCCAGAAUGUGAGGAAACAGAUGCCGAUGUCUGCAACACAAAUCCGUGUGAUGAUGGAGCACCUGUUGGCGAACCGAUACCCACAGAUUGGUCGUUAAAAGAUAUAGAUGAAAUUCCCGAGGGAGAAACAAUAAUAAUAGGAGAUUCGCCAUGGCCUGAAGGAGAACAACCAGCUAAAGAUGAGGUCGACGGAACACUGCCAAUAGAUACGUCUUUAAAAGACAAAGGCGCAGAUCCCGAAGGAGAAACAGUAGUAAUAGGAGAAUUACCAUGGCCAGAAGGAGAAACACCAGUUAAAGAUAUGGAUUACGAUAUGGCAUUAUGGGGUCCAUGGUCUGUUUGCGAUAUGAAGUGUGGCGGCGGCAUGCGUUACAGAACACGUGAAUGCAAAAAUCCAAACGGAAGACCAGAGUGUGAGGAAGCAGGCGAAGAGGCAUGCAAUACAGACCCGUGUGAUGAUGGAUUACCAGUCGGUGAACCACUGCCAACGGAUUAUUCUUUGAAAGAUAAAGAUGCGGACCCGGAGGGACAAAUCAAAAUUACAGGAGUUGUUCCGUGGCCUGAAGGUGAACCGCCUAUGAAAGAUAAAGAAUUGCCAUGGCCAGAAGGAGAAACACCAGUUAAAGAUAUGGGUUAUGAUAUGGCAUUAUGGGGUCCAUGGUCUGUUUGCGAUAUGGUGUGUGGCGGCGGCAUGCGCUACAGAACACGUGAAUGCAAAAAUCCAAACGGAAGACCAGAGUGUGAGGAAGCAGGCGAAGAAGAAUGCAAUACAGACCCGUGUGAUGAUGGAUUACCAGUCGGUGAACCACUGCCAACGGAUUAUUCUUUGAAAGAUAAGGAUGCGGACCCGGAGGGACAAAUCAAAAUUACAGGAGUUGUUCCGUGGCCUGAAGGCGAACCACCUAUGAAAGAUAAAGUAAAAUACAAAGAGUGGGGUGAUUGGGAAGAAUGUUCCGCCUCUUGUGGUGGAGGAAUGCGAUUUCGAGUACGGGAAUGUUUGAAGGAAAAUGGUCAAAAAGAAUGUGAAGAUUCGCAAAGUGAAAUGUGCAAUGAAAUGGAUUGCCCAGAAGACCAAGAACCAAGCAGUUUUGUUGUGACAACACCAACGAAAUCAACACCCGCAAGUACAACGAGCAAGUCCUAUGAAAUGGGAAAGUACACGAGGAAAAGGAUAUGCGGAAAUGACCAACUUCGGGCAUCGGGAAAUAUCGUUAGAACAGCUGUAUCUCCGUCAUAUCCUGCCAGCUAUCCGAGUGGACUUGACUGUAUGUGGACGAUUUCUGCAAAACCUGGUCGACGAGUGAGAAUAACAGUGAAAAACUCCAAUAUUUCGGAAGGAGAUAAACUGACGUUGCUGGAAGGACGCCCAAGACAAAUACCUUACUCCAGAGCCAAAAUCGCUACAUUGACGGGAGAAGUGAAAUCGGGGACUGAAUAUAGGUCUUUGAGUAGAUUCCUAACAGUUCGUCUUCAAACAGCAAAAGACAGUAAGGGAGGGAAAUAUACCAUAGCAUAUUCUUCGACAAGCAGUAGAUUAGAAGAGAACGACAAAAUUGUCAACCCCGCUGGCUCACCUAGAGUGGAACUUUGGUACAGAAUGCUGAGAACCUUUGCGAAGUGGUUUAUGCGAAUGUCAAACGGUUACAACGCUUAAUCAGCCGAGUCGUCAGCACAGAGAUAAUUGAAAUUAGAUUUUAAAUGCUUUCAGUUUUAUGUAAAUGUUUAUGUGCAUGAUUUUGGGACAUAGAAACAGCAAAGUCAUCUAAGCCCUCGUGAAUUAAUGGUUUCCUCAUAGCAAAAAGCUAACCAGUAAAACGGAUAUGGCAAAACGGCAGUAAAUAUUUACCGUUAGUUGCUAUUAUGAUUAUUAUAUACCGGUAACUAUUAUAUAUAUUACCUAUUAUGAGUGGCUCGCUUAUGCUCGUCUAUCAUGCCUGAAUAAAUCAAAUGCUGGAGCUUA